AUGGCAAGCAUGGCAUCUUCCGCUCGCGAUAUCCCGAAGGCUCUUGGUCGAGACAGCUUAACUGCUGUAGAGGCCAGGAGCGUCCCAGCGACCAAAAACAAUCCCCUUCCGACUCCUCCGAACUCCAUCUCGCCCUCUCUGCCUCCGCAUGGGGUCAAACCAUACGGGACGCGUUCGGCCACUUUACAGGUCCCGGAACAUGUUGACUCCGACAUCGAUUUACAGGAUGGUCAGGGAAGUGAACAGGACAAUCUCUCAGGGCGUGGCCGUGACUUGGGAUCGCCUGGAUUUGACGCGGCAGGUAAUAUUACGCCAUCUUUGUUGGCCAAACAUCACCUUCCGGAGAUCCUCCUCAACCACGGUCCGCUGGCGAUUCGACACAUCAUGGGAUUUCUCACAACUGCUGUGCCCGGGUUCUCUGGAAUACCGCCGGCGAAGGCCAGGAGACUCGUGGUUGGUGCUUUGGAAGGCCGCGGCAGUGGUGGUGAAGGGGGCGGGGUGAAGGGAAAUGUCAAGUUUGAGAAGGUCGGCUGGGGACGUUGGGACGCGAGGUUGAAAGGACACCCCGCUAGAAGUAGCAGAGGGAAUCUACAAUCGCCACCUCCGAGUGGACCAUCUUCCUAUUCCAGUGGCAUGCCAAUAGCCAAAAAUGGCGGCUGGACGGCGGACAGAAGUCGGCUGAAUGCACCGGAUUCCAGCUGGGCUGGUGACUCGGCGGUCUUCUCCCAUGACGAUGAAAUGGACGUCACGAUGCUCGAAAAUGAAGCAGACAAGAUGUCCCUCGAUGGCGAUGAGUCAUGCUCCUCCUCUGAAGCUCCACCGGAAGAUGAUCUCAUGGGCGACUCCGAUGAUAUGACUGACGAAGAGGAUUGGGCAGCUGUCGGAGCUGCGGCUCUUCGUGCAGCUUCUUAUUCAGCCUCGGGCCCUGGACGCAAUUUCCUUUCUUCUCGCAUUUACGGAGGAUCCGGUGGUGGUCCUUCACUUUCAACAAUGGCCAAGUCAGUCCCAGUACGAUCUUCUCAACCUGCACCUAAUAAUAUCGAUUUUGUUGCAUUUGGCAUGACUUCCGACCCUCAGGAGCGAGAAGCCGUUGAAGCGCUUCUACGACUUGGUUCUGUAUAA